GGUGGAUGCUCAUCCCGGGAUGCGGCGGGACCGUCGCUCGGAGCGCUGCGCGGAGCCACGGACCGGGGGCUGCUCCCGGCGCUGCGCGAAGCUCGAGGCGCUGAGAGCACAGAAUAUUUUGAGUGUGAAGGGACACAGAAGGAGCACCGAGUUGAACCCUUAUGUGAAUGGCUCAUCCGGGGAUGGAACCCACAACCUGGGCAUCUUCAGCACCCUGCUCCAACCGAGCCAAUCUCAGGACACGGCCAUGUCCUGCCUGGGAUGGGAAUGCCAAGUACCAGCAAGGGAAUUCCUGUGCCAGUGCAGCUCCUUCCUUUAUGCCGAUAUUGCUUCACACACCAGCCCCUGGAAUGGCCAUAGGGCAGAGCUCCGUGGCUGGUACCUGACCAUGGAACAACACAGGUGCUUGUGCCGCGUCCCUUUCCAGGGAGAAAUGAUCAAGACAAGCCCUGAGGGUUCCCUUGGUCCGUGGCCGAAGUUCUUCCGGAGAGUGCCAGGGCCGGUCCCGCCUGCAGAGGGGCGUUUCCUGCGGGUGAGUGUUCACAGCCCAAAAUCGCGGUGGGGCCGAGGCCGGGGCUGCUUCUCGGCCCCGGAGCUGCAGGGAGCCCUGGGUGACUCCUGCUCGGUGCCAGGAGCGUUCCUUGGUGCUCCCUCCGUGUGUCCCGGCUGGCCGGGAAGGCGGGGCGGGAGGAGGCCGGGAGCCCCAGGAAGGGAACCGGCCCCUCUCGUCCUCGGCCCGUGCAGGGGAGGAGCCGUGCCUCGGUGUCCCGCCCGUGGCGCGCAGCGUGCCCCACGCACGGCCCGGGGACGGGCGCUGGGAUGCCCGGGCAGCGCCGGGAUGGACACGGAUCGGGGGCUGCUCUGAACGGGCCCCCGGAGACGCUGCGGCCCGGACAGAGCCCGCUGACGUCCCAAAACCAGCCCGAGGAACGGCUGGCAGCGCCUGGGAAUGUCGGCACGUUGGGUCUGCAGAGGAGCUCAGACAGCAAUUCCCGGUGCCGAGCUCCUGGGGCUCCCACACCCCCACCAGGUAUGUCCCAGCCAGCCCCAAUCCCUUCCCUUCCAGCCUGGGGCCAUCCUCCAGCAGCAGCGUUAAAGCCGAGGGAAUUUCCCUCACAGAAACUGAAUCCCGAGCAACGCCCUCGGAGGUGCCUUAAAAUAAAAGGUCAGAGGUGGAUGAAGUUUUGUUUGGGUUAAGUUUGGAGUUUUCCAGGGAGCCAGCUGGAACUGCAGAACUGAGGGCCAGCUUUCACAGGUGGCUCACACUGCAGGUGCCCUGAAGGCAGGGAUGUGCAUCCCUUUCCUCAGGGAGAAGAGCUCCCAGAGGCCCCUCCCGAGGCUCUGGAAUGAACUCAGCUCCUGCAGGGAGAGAUCUCCUCCCCUGGGCACAGGAGCUGCCUCAGCAGGGGCCGGGAGCGCGUCCGGCCAGCGCCUUCUCCUGCUUGGAAACGUCGACCGCAGCCCGAGGGGAAUCUGCUGAAUUCCAGGGAACUCUGGCAAGAGCCCCCCAGGGACAUGGCUGGGGAUGAGGGCUACAAACAGCAAAUUCUAUGGAACAUCAGCCUGUCCUUAUCCCUUCCUCUUGAGCUUCCUUGGACCUCUGCUGGUUCCUGGCACAGCUGGUGUUAAAUAGGCAGCUCUGCAUGGGAAUAUCCAGGCUCCAGGAGGCACUGUGAGCUUGUUCCAGCAGGAAUUCAGGGCUAUAGCUAUAAUAAUGAAUCUAAACAGCAAGGCUGAACCCCAAAUCUGGGCCCCACACUGGGAACAAUCUUUGUGCUGCCCUGUCAGCCAAAGCCCCAUGGCUGGGAAAUUUCAGCAGCCAAAGGUAUGGAAUUAUCUAAAUCCCAGCAGCCAGUGUUUUGUUCUCUAUAUAUUACCUGUUUUUAAAACCCAAAACCACAUGGUUUUGUAUGUCUCAUCCACUAAAUUCUAUUCCUUACAAAUUACAUCAGGUAUUUUUUCCAAAAUACUUCUACAGAUUAUUUCAAGCUUUACCCCCAAGGUCUUCCCAACCUGUCCACUACUCGUUACCUCAUUUUUACAUCAAAAUACUAAUUCUCCAUCCUGGAGAAAAUAUCAAUUUCUACACCUAAAACUUACAUUACCUGCUCACGAGCGAUUGCCUCAGUUUACCUCAUGAUUCAUUCUCUUCCCUGGGGAAUUUUUCACCUUGCCCCCAAAUUAUCCCUGUCUGUCCCCUUCUGAUUUCCUCAUUUUUUACAAGAAAGCAUUCUUUCUCCACUCUGGAGAUUGCCACAAGCUUUACUCCCAAAAUAUUCCCUACCUGUUCACUACCUAUUACCGCAUUUCCACCUCAGUAUUUUCACUCUUUAUGCUAUGGAUGCUUUCAAUUUUUACCCCCCAAUCAUUUCCCUACCUGUCCAUAAUUGAUUACCUCAGUUUGGCCCAUGAAGUGCAUCCCCUCUGCUACAGAUCACCUCAGAUUUUACCCCUGAAAUUUUCCCUACCUCUCCACCUCUGAGUACCUCAUUUUUACCUCAAAAUAUUCAUUUUCUACCAUGGAGAUUCCCUCAAGUUUUACCCCCCAAGUUUAUCCACCUAUCCACAGAAAUUUUACCUCAGGAUGUUCCUGCUCUCUCCUAGAGAUAAUCUCACAUUUUAGCCCUUCAAUUUUCCCUGCCUGCUCAAUACUGAUUACCUCCUUUUUACCUCAAAAUAUUCAUUCUUUAAACCCACAGAUUAACUCAGAUUUUAUUACCAAAAGGUCUGUUUUGUUCCCUGUAUGCUAACUAGAUUUUAAAACCAAACCCACACAGUUUACGUCUGUCUUAUCCCCAAAUUCUCUCCCCUACACAUCACGUCAGUUUUUCUCAAAAACAUGUAACCUUCUUAUAUAUCAGCUCAAGGUUUGCCCCUCAAAUUCUCCCUAGCUGAUCCACUCCUGCUCACCUCAUUUCCACCUCAAUAUGUUCAUUCUUUGCCCUAGAGAUCUUCACAAGUUUUACCCCCCAGAAUUUCCUUGCCUGCCCCUAGUGACUGCCUCAGUUUAUGUCAGUGAUCUCUCUCUCCCUAGAGAUUUAAUCAAGUUUAACCCCUGAAAUUUUCCUUUCCACAACUUAUUACCUCAUUUUUACCUAAAAUAUUUAUUCUCAACCUUUAGAUUAUUUCAAGUUUUGCUCCCCAGAAUUCCUCUACCUGUCCUCUACUGAUUCCCUCCUUUUUCCUUCAAUAUUAUUUACUUUCUACCAUGUAACUUUUGUCAAGAUUUACCCCCAAACUGUCCAUCUGUACUUAAUUUUUACUUCAAAAUGUUCAUUCUACAGAUGACUUCAUAUAAUUUUUUACCCAAAAUUUUCCCCGUCUGCCCACAACUGAUUCCCUCACAUUAUCUCAGGAUGUUCAUGAUCUUUUCUAAAGAUUAGUUCAAAUUUAGCCCCCAAAUUUUGCCUACAGGCUCAGUACUCAUCACCCCAUUUGUUCAUUCUGUACACUUGAGAUUUUGUCAAGUCUUACCUCCAAAAUUUCCUUGCUUAUCUACUACUGAGUACUUCAUUUUUACUCCAAAAUAUUCAUUCUGUCCCCUACAGAUUAUAUCGAGUUCUACCCCCAAAUCUUCCUCCUGGUACAAUAUCAAUUAACUCCUUUCUACUCCAAAAAUUUUCACUCUCUCCCCUAAACAUCACCUCAGCUUUUCCCUCAAAAAUGCCACGGUGCUCCCCUCGACACACAAACAGUUCUUGUGUCCCCUCUCAACUGCCCCAGGUUUUCAGCUAAAAUUGUCACCUCUGUCCCCUCUAACUUAGCCCAGGCUUUCCCAGUGAGGAGCUGCAAGGAAUUCAGGCAAAUGACAGCAGGGAACAGCUGUAAAUUCUAAGGCAGAAACAGAAGAUCUACUGGGAAAGGCUUCAGAAAACAUUUCUGCAGUUAAUAAUUAAUAAUUAUUUC